GCCGGGUCGCGCGCUGUUGCCGACAACACAGCGACGUGUGAGACACCGCGGUCAAGUAGAAUAAGUGUUAGUGCCAUAUAUGAUAAAGAGAAAAUAUGGUCUGCAAAGUUGUACCGAAGCGAACCACUCCCACGCGGAGAUGUGAAGCAAUGGAUGCGCAAGCGACACAAACACAAGAAGUGGCUGACUACGAAACAGCUCUCGACACAGCUGGCUACGGCAGAUUUAGUCGGAGCGCGCUCGGGGCGUGCGCGUGCGCGUUCUUCACGACGGGCGUGCAGAACUGCGUCAUGUCGUACGUGCUGCCGGCAGCCAAGUGCGAACUGCAGCUGACCACCUACCAGGCCGGGCUCAUCAACAUGGCCUUCAUGAGCGGUGGCGUAGCUAGUGCUUUCUUCUGGGGCAUUGUCGGUGACGUGUUCGGAAGACGGAACAUCCUCAGCUUGACUCUACUUCUUGAUGCCACCAUCAUGCUGGCUCAGAGCACCGUCAACGACUACAGAUUGCUCCUGGCUGCGAGGAGUAUGAACGGGUUCUUAAUAGGUGGUCCAUCGACGCUUGUCUUUACGUUCUUGUCCGAUUUGGUCGGGUUCAAGAAGAGACAGUUUUAUCUUAACAUCACGGGGAUGUGUUUCGUCGCCGCGUGGCUCAUAUUACCAGCAAUCGCAUGGCUGGUAAUACCGUUUAAAACGGUGGACUAUCACACCGUUUUGCCUGUGGCAUCAUGGCGUCUGUACCUCGCUCUUGGAAGUAUACCAGGAUUUGUGAGUGGCUUGUGGAUGCUGACUUUACCAGAGAGUCCUAGGCUACUGGCUGAUACCAAUAGAGGGGAUAAAGCCUUGAAAUUACUUGCAAAAAUACACAGUAGGAAUAAUGGGAAGGGAGCUGAGUACAAGAUUAAAAAGAUAAUUCAAGACGACAUAUUCGUGGACAAGCUACUCGGCACUGAGGAAAGUCGGUCUAAAGUUCUGUUCCUGGGAGUUCUGAAGGACUUGAAAGUGUUUGUCUCGAAGAGUUACGCAGUCAAGUCCAGUCUUAUAUUGUUCGUCUUCUUCGCGAACAUGGCUGCGGGGUUUGGCUUAAACUUGUGGAUUCCUGAACUAUUAUUACGUAUGCAAGGAAAGGGAUGCAAGUUUGCCAGACAGGUUGCAAUGCCAGAGAACGCCAGACUGGUGAAUGCCAGCGCUUGGCAGGAGUUUGCUAAGCUGUUCCCGCAGGAGGGAGGCUACAAUGAUAGUGCCUUCGAUACGUUUGAAUCCAGGAGUGGAGGGGAUAAGUGUGAUGACUUUAUGAAUGACGAUGUAUUCACAUCAGGCCUUAUAGUGGGCGCGUGUUGCGUACUCGGCAACGCGGCUUGCGCGUUGCUCUGCGCCCACGGCGGCGGUCGCGGCGUGCGGCGCGCGGCGGCGGCGUGUGCGCUGGCCUGCGCGUUCGCUUGCGCAUGCUUGGCUGCGUGUGCUUGUUCUUGUGCCUCAUCGAACAAGAUAGCGGUUGCAGCGGCUGCGGCACUGAAUGCUGCAUCACUGAACGGAAAUGUACUUCUCAUCAGACUACUUUUACAUGCGUUACCAGCCAAAUUAAGUGGUCUAGGGGUUUGCUGGGGCGCGUGGUGGGGGCGCGCAGGGGGCGUAGCCUCCAACCUGGCGGUGGGGGUACUGCUGGACUACUCCUGCCCCGCGCCUUUCAUCGCUGUGGCGGCACUGCUGACCAGUAAGUGUGACUCUAACCGCUGCACUUACAGACGUCAAGCCUGGCAGUAGGAGUGCUGCUGGACUACUCCUGCCCCGCGCCUUUCAUCGCUGUGGCGGCACUGCUGACCAUGUCGGUGGGCGGUAUCAUGAUGAUCAAACUGGGCGACAGCACGCCACCAGCGGUGGUAAACGAAGACCAAGAGAACCAGAAGACUGUCAGCCUGGACAGAUACAUAUCGACACAUAUGUGAGCUUGUUCGGUCUUCAAAUAUUCGAUUAGUAACUCGCGAGGGUUAUCAACAGAGGCGUGAGAACUUUUGAACAAUCCAAGCGAAAAUGUUUUCUAAAAUCUUUUUAGUUUAACUUAGGUAUUGUUUGGUAAUGUUCUUAUAUGCGCGCCAAUGGACCAAUAGAUCCAUGCUUAUGUCAUUUAGGGAUUUCAAAGUUCUACAAAAGCUAGAUGCUUUAAAAAAGGUAGGACUUUCGGAAUCGAUCGUGGGCCUGUCAAAUUUUAAGAUUUGAAUAUACAAGUAGUAUAUUUUGGCCACUCGAUAUGAUUACA